CAUCACCAUUUAAUCAAAUACCAAUUAGUAUUAAAAUAGCUGAUUAUAAUCUUGAUGGUUAUCCGGAUAUGGUUACAGUCAUGAAUGAAAGUGUAUCAGGGACAAUAACUUCAAUUGUUUUUUUAAACCAACCAUGUGAAGCAGAUGCAAAUUCACCAUGUACUUAUAAUCGAACAUUUAUACCACAAACACAUGAAAAAUUUAUCUUAAAACCAUCAAAUAGUACUCUUGCUGCAUUUUUUGAUAUUUUAGACAAUGUAAAAUGA